AGGCCCCGCCCCUGGCCUCGCAGUCUCGAAAGACUUUCUCGCGCUUAGAGUCGCCAUUUUGCUGUAAGACGCCGUGCGGAGCUCUGUGCUCUCUUCCUUCGGCAGCCGAGGCUGCGGCGGGCCGGGCUGGGGUCGGGACCAGUCGAAUGCAAGGUGAAGCAAUGCAAGCGGCCUGCCAUUGACCCAUCUCAUGCCCUAGUGCUUAACAAUUUAAAUGCACAAAUAAAAAUAAAAUAGGAGGAAUUUUGUUGUCAGAGAAUAACAGGAGGUUGUCCAUAAUUGACUUUAAGCAGCAAACAGUAAAACACUGAGCUCUUCAGCUCCGCCUUUCUUGCUCUGAGAAUUGGAAAGCCAAGAAGGUUUUGAUGUUUUGUGUGGCGCCUCCUGAAUUAGAAACCAAGAUGAACAUAACCAAAGGAGGCCUCGUGUUGUUUUCAGCAAAUUCCAAUUCAUCAUGUAUGGAGCUUUCAAAGAAAAUUGCUGAGCGGCUGGGGGUGGAGAUGGGCAAAGUGCAGGUUUACCAGGAACCUAACAGAGAAACAAGAGUUCAAAUCCAGGAGUCUGUGAGAGGAAAAGAUGUAUUUAUCAUCCAAACCAUCUCAAAGUAGUGAACCAAGAAAGGAAUCAAAGGAAGCAGAAGGAGGCAGAAGGACAUUGUGCACCUAAUGGACGUGAACACCACCAUCAUGGAGCUGCUGAUCAUGGUAUAUGCAUGUAAGACCUCAUGUGCCAAGAGCAUCAUCGGAGUGAUCCCCUACUUUCCUUAUAGCAAGCAAUGCAAAAUGAGAAAAAGGGGCUCCAUUGUCUCAAAAUUGCUGGCUUCUAUGAUGUGCAAAGCUGGUCUGACUCAUCUCAUCACUAUGGAUUUACACCAGAAGGAAAUCCAGGGCUUCUUCAAUAUUCCAGUGGAUAAUUUAAGAGCCUCCCCAUUCCUGUUACAAUAUAUUCAAGAAGAGAUCCCAGAUUAUAGGAAUGCAGUCAUCGUGGCCAAGUCUCCAGCCUCAGCCAAGAGGGCACAAUCUUUUGCAGAGCGUCUACGUCUGGGAAUCGCAGUGAUCCAUGGAGAAGCACAGGAUGCUGAGUCUGACUUGGUGGAUGGCCGGCACUCCCCACCAAUGGUCAGGAGUGUAGCUGCCAUCCAUCCCAGCCUGGAGAUCCCGAUGCUGAUUCCUAAAGAGAAGCCCCCAAUCACAGUUGUUGGUGAUGUUGGAGGAAGAAUCGCCAUCAUUGUGGAUGACAUUAUUGAUGAUGUGGAUAGCUUUCUUGCUGCAGCAGAGACCCUGAAGGAAAGAGGUGCAUACAAGAUCUUUGUGAUGGCCACUCACGGCUUGUUAUCCUCUGAUGCUCCCCGGCUGAUUGAAGAGUCUGCCAUUGAUGAGGUGGUGGUCACUAACACGAUCCCACACGAGAUCCAGAAGCUGCAGUGCCCCAAGAUCAAGACUGUGGACAUCAGCAUGAUCCUCUCAGAAGCCAUCCGCCGAAUUCACAACGGGGAGUCCAUGUCCUACCUUUUCAGAAACAUAGGCUUAGAUGACUGAACAGUUCUCCUAUGGUAGAACUCCCACAGGUCAAGUGGGAGCCCAGCGUGUACGCUGGGAGGGCCCAUGCCCGGCCAGACACACGUGACCCUCCCUUUCCCACAUCUUCCUCAUUCAUUCCUGUGAAGGUACAAGGACCAGCUUUUUAAUGUUGGUUUAGGUUUUUGUGAGUUUUAGGGGUAAUUUUUAUAACAGAAAGACCUCCUCUGAAAUGAAAGAAGUUAAAACCUGAUUGUUUUUAGUGUAACCAUUUUAAAUAAUACACUUGUGAGAUUUUUAAGCUCAGCCUUUUUUUAAAGUUGCUUGAUCCAACUGUUCAAAAGAAUUAAAUAAAAUGAUCUGCUGUCUACUACCUAGAAUCAAAAAGCUACUGUUGGUUCCAACACAUGACCUUUUUAGGAACGCUUUUAUAAAUGGGCAUAUAGAGUAUGUGGCUGUAUUUAUUUUCUGCAACUAAAAAAAGAAUAAAACCUUGUGUUUGUUUUUUAAACCUC